GCACCUGUUCUGAAGAGUUGGUAGCAGGUUUCUCUUUUCUUCGGAGGAUGUUACCUGAUAGGCUACUCUGUUUUGACACCAGGUGAGAUACAGUGAAGGUUUGAGGCUAUUUUCCAUAAAAGAUUCAACCCCUGAUACACUCCCUCAGUCAACCUACAGCCUUCCUGCCUGUUGGAGUCCUUCCAAAUAAUGAUUGUUGUGGAGAUUUUUAAUUUAGGCCUGGAUCACCUGCAGUCAAUCAGAGGCUGAAGUUCCAGAUAAACCAGAAUGAGGAUCAGCAUGGCGCCCCCUGCUGAAGACCGUUACUGCUGCCGGUUCCAGCCCAAUGCCUUUGACCCCUCCCGCUGCAGCUCGUGCCUGCGGCCGAAUCAUAUGCACUUCAGUGGCACCGCAGUGGAAAAUGCUUCAGAACUGGACAAUCUCCAUGAGCAGGCUGAAGGGGACAAUAAGAGCGAUGAAGAUGAGGAUGAUGGUGAUCCAGCGUCGUCGGCGGUGACAACAUGCGGCAGCAGCGAUGAUUCCAGUGAAGGUUGGAACUUUGAGUGGAAUCUGGAACGCAGCCCGAGUCCCGACUGGGAACCUGAGAACCGUGAAGCUGCUGACAUCCAACCCAGCUUUUCGAAUCAGUGGAAGGAUCUGCAGAGGAACCGAUCCCUCAGUCCUCAGAGGCCUCCUGCAGGUCAACCAGAAAUGACCCGAGACAUGUCCCGCCGUGCUUCAGAGUCCAGAAGUGGCAGGGAAAAAGAAAGUGGUUACUUCUCUCCAGAUGUGGGAAUGCGACAGAUGGAGGAUGACACCAAGCGUACCUAUCGCUAUUAUGAGAGAGGACAUCCCCUACCAAGCAACUACAUUCCUGAGCCCAAAGCCUGCGUCCCCUACCGGAAUGUAAGCCUUGGACUGCCAUCCCAAAGACGAAACCCAGAGACAUAUAUGCAGGCAACUUGGAGAAGCGAGUCCCCACAGAGGUACACGUACCACUCCAACUUCAGACGAGGAACUGACUCUGUGAAGAACUCUCCAUCGCGUCACAGCUCUUUGAGUCCAGACCGCUACAGGAUGCCAGCGGCUUCUGUGGGACCUCAGAGAGGGAGGUCCCUCAGUAGGAGUCAGGCUCAGUCUCGCUCCUCAUUGAAAGACUCCUUUCAAAUUCAGUCUAAUGGUCCUUCACGCCGCACGUCAGGCGGAUCCAGCCCUUCCCACAGCAGAUGGUCCAUGGCCUCUCACAGUGCCUCGUCUCAUAGACGCACAGAUUCGGUUCUGUUACAGAGUCCUGAAUAUGAAGACCAGAAGAUGUACAGUCGAGAGUCCAGGAGUCCGUCACAGGCUUCAAACAAGCACAGUUUGGAUUCUGAAAAACUUUACAGAAAUCUUGAGUCCAUCUCUCGUCUUUGUUUUUCUGCAGAAAGGCAGAAUUCAUAUAAAGUAUCUUUAGAGUCUCCUCCAAGCAGAACCCAUGUGAACAGUUUGGGUAACAUUCUGUCCUACAAUAGCCGAGAAGUGUCUGCAUCCGGGAAGGCCUACAGUCUACCGAGUCACGGCUCGCUAAGAGAGCCUGACCACAGGUUGAGUCAAUCCCAAGGAUCCUGGCAGGGGUCUCCACAUUCUUUACUGAAUCUCCCAUCAUCGAAUAGUUCCCCAUCAUCCAGAUGGGACGGGGCAGGCUCCGAUAAUCUUGAGGGAUCACCUACACAUGUGGCAGUCUUAGACUCUGAUAAGGCUAAUGACGGGGUUGAAGCUUGGCAGGGGUCUUCACACAAUUUACUCAGUCGCCCCCAGUCACAAGCUUCCUCUUCAGCCAGACAUGGAGCCGAGUCUCAGGGCGCUUCGCCAUUAUAUUUUGUAGACACCAUUAAUGCUAACCAGGGAGAUGGCUCUGGGCAGGAGGUUUCCCGAUCUUUACUCAGCCGCCCUCCAUCACAAGGUUCUCUGCCAGGAUGGUCAGUGGACUCGCCAGUAUGUGAAUCUCCUUCACUAGGUGUGAUAACAGACACUGUGGACCCAAUUAUCAAGGUCAGUUCUGACAGAAGCAAUAGCAGUGUCAGGCGAGGAAUGGAUGCCCUGUUGCUCCCAGAACAGAAGAAGACCAUAGUAGACCCCGAAGAGGUUGGGAUGACCAUAGACGACUACAUCAUGCUGGCUGAUAUACCCAAGAUCCAAGUAGAGUCAGAGGAAGAUUUCACAGGUAUCAGACGGAGAAAUGAGAGUCCUAGUCCCUGCAGGAACCAAAGACAAAGAUCAUACAGGCAUCAAGAUGAGACAGACGACUAUAGUCCAAGACUAAAGUUAGACGAGAGGAGGAGAGGCAGAGAGAGGGGGAGAGACAGAAGAGAAAAAUGUCCAGACCUUGAAAGUGGACGAUCGUCACGGAGACCAUCUGCUGGUUCCCUUCAUGCACAGACCUCGGAUCAAAAUGGAAGGCAGCGAUCUUUGAAAGUUAGGGAGCGAUCUCAUCCUGAGCGCCUGCAGACGCAGGGCUGGAUGUCCAGGCUGGACCAACAAGGCAAGUGGACCAGGCACUGGUUUGUCCUUGGUGAUACUUGCCUCAGAUACUAUAGAGAUUCAGAGGCUGAAGAGUUAGAUGACUUGGAUGGAGAGAUCGACCUGACGUCCUGUCUGAGCGUGUCCGAAUGUGACGCAGAGAAAAACUACGGACUCCAGAUUCAGACAAAAGGAGCUGCGUUCACUCUCUCUGCUGUAACAUCCAGGACUCGUCGGACCUGGAUUAGGUCCCUGAGGAACGCCAUCCAGAACCACACGCAGCUAUCGGACUCCAGCAGUGAGAAGGAGAAGCCCCGCCCCCGGAGGCUGUCGCCAUGCCAACAGCCAGCUGGUUUCCCCUGUAAGGACUCCAGCGCUGCAGCAGCCAUCCCCAGCAGAGACCCGGCCAUAGGCGGCCGUCCAGGGAGAGACCUGUCUCCGUCCACCCAGAGGGAACAGGGGGAGGGCUGGGACCGUGAGCAGGCCAAGAGACUGGAAGAGAGGAACAAGUGGUUCGAGGGAGGGGUCCUUCUUAGUGAGAUGAGCAGCAGGUGGGACUCCAUGGAGCUGAAAAAGGGCAGUGUUCCCAUCCCGGUUAAUGAAGCCGUUGACUCUGAAGUCAACAAGAAAUGGACAGAGUUUGAGACCUCAUUCAGUGACGCAAGCGUCCAUUCUCUCAUUGGUGACCAGGCCUAUCAGUCAAAGUCUCCAGACAUGUCAGAGUCUCUAGUUAGCUCUCAGACUAAUCAGCCAUGCCCAGAUCAGGUCAACCAGACAUCAGUGACCUCCUCAGGCAUGGUUCUUCCCUCCGUAAAUAACCAGAUCCUUCAAACUAACCAGGCUGAAGCUCAGAAAGAGGUUGAAAGCGCCAUGGGGGUGGAUGUGGACAGUCCCUGCGGCCCUGGAGCUCCAUGUAGGGCCAAGCUGGAAGCCAUAGAAGUAGCCCAUCGAAAGGAGCUGCAGGCGCUGCAGGAGAAGCAUUCCAGGGAGAAGAGGGAGCUGCAGGAGGAGAGAGAUCAUAAGCUGCAGCAGGAGAGUCAGGCAGCUGCUAAGGCUCUGGAGGCGCUGAAAGCAGCUCACAGGGAGGAGUUGGAAAGAGAAGCAGAGAAGACGAGGCUUCAUGGUGGAGCAGCAGCUUCCUCUUACAGACCUCACAUGCCCGAGGCAGAGGUGUUGCACAGCGAGUUAAACGUGCUUUCAGAACGCUACUCUGAGAAGUGCCUGGAGCUGAGAGGCUCUGAGCAGAACAGCGUGAGCCUGGACACCCGGCUGGAGCAGAAGAAGAGAGAGAUGGAGCAGCUGCAGAGGGAAAACCAGGAGCUGAAGGCCAAGCUUGCAGAGGAAAUCAGUCGAAUGAGAUUUUUCAUUACGGGUCAAAGGUCAGAUGUGGUCUCACUUUGCAAAACUGAGGCGGCUCCUUCGGAUUUAGAGACAUUAUUGAGAGUAAAGGAAAACGAGAUCCAGUAUCUUAAAAAAGAAAUCAGCUGUCUGCAAAAUGAAGUACACGUGCUGAUGCAGGAAAAAGAAGCGGUCUACAAAAUGUACCAGGAGGCUUAUGUUGAACUAAGCGACAGCAGGGGGCGGAGCCAGCUGGAGCUGGGCUCGCUGAAUGAACAUUUAAGAUUAGCUAACGCUGCGGUGCAGGAGGGGAGAGACCGAGCGGAGCUCUAACACCUAAACAUUACAGCAAAGAAGAGUCUUUAUGGAAAACUGAUCUAACUGCAUCAGAUCUGUUCUCUUUAAACAACGCAGCAUUUCUUUCAAUCAUCUACGUUUAUUUCAGUUUUAAUAAACAUUUCUUUAGUGGACACACUUGUAAACAUGCACACAAGAGUGAAGGUGGAGCCGAAUGAUUCAGAAGACGAGAGGUUUGGGCGUCGAUAUGAAGGCUGCAGGAAACAGCUCAUUCAUCUUGACUGUGCUGCCUGGUUUACUGUGCUGCCUGCUUCUCCAUCAGUCCAUAUUGCAAAACGCCCUGCGGAGUAAACAAUUACCGAAGUCAACAACAACAACAACAUCAUCAUCAUCAUCAUCAUCAUCAUCAUCAUCAUCAACAACAACAAGUCACUGCUUCAAAACAUGCUUCACAAAUAAAAGCUGGAUAAGAACUAA